CAGCACAGGUUAUGAGCGAGCUAGGGAGAGAUAAGCCCACACCACUCAUACAGAGCCAAGCAGAGUUGACAAGCUUAACGCAUACUCAGACAGAGAGCGAGAGUCAGAGGGAGAGGGAAAGGAAGAGAGAAAUAAGCCAGAUACCUGAACAGGAAAGAAGAAAGGGCCUUGGGGCAGAAGUGAGGAAAGGGAAAGAAAAGGGAAACAGGUUUCCACAGCCUUAGAGAGGAGUAGUGACAGGCACAGAGGUACAGAGCAUUGGGAAGUUGGUAUCCACUCUCUGCUCUGGGAAUUUCAAUCAGGGAUAACGACCCCUGCGGAUUCCAGACAAACACGCAGACAUGGACCCACUCUCAUCAACUGAAGUUGGAGAAGAAGGAAAGGAGAGAAAAAAGAUCCAUUUCUCGGUUCCGACUACUGUGCCAACACAACUGGACCCGCGGCAAGUGGAGAUGAUCCGACGUCGGAGACCCACGCCUGCCACACUGUUCAGAGUGUCAGACAAUCCAUCCCCUGAGGAAGAGACUGCCACUCACCAGUGGGUCGUGGGGGAGAAUGGAAUCCUCAAGCCGAAACGUGUCAACCCGUGCUCUUACCAGCCUCCUUCACUGAAAGCCGUGCAGCGGAUGGCUCAAGCUCACAUGCAGACUCUUGGCGCCUGCCCCCCCUUGGAGGAUGCCCCUGGGGGGGUGGAGAACGAGGACUGCCCCUCCUCAGGAGAGGAGAGUGAGGAGAGUGAGGAAAGCGAGGAGAGUGACGAGAGCUCCUCCUCCAGUGCUGAUUCUCAAGCAGACGUGAGCACUGUGGAUACCCACACAGAGAGGCUGCCAAGGUCAGAAGCUACUGGCCUGGGAAGGCCGACCUAUCCGAGGGCCCAGAAAGAUGUGGAAAGGGAUGAAGACGAGGAAGACGACGAUGAGGAAGACGACGAUGAUGAUGACGAGGAAGGAGAGGGGCGAGGGAGAUGGGAGUGACUGACAGGGGGAGAGAAUGUUGGGAGUGGGAGAGGGGGAGAUGUUUCUCAUGGAGAGAGGGAGGAGGGGAAAAUGAAUGAAGUAAGAGGACAAUGCAAGCUCAGUAUCAUGAAGGAAACAGGUGUGUGUGUGUGUGUGUGUAAGCAUUUUUAUGUAUGCGAGAGAAAGAGAGAGGGAAGGAGAUGGGGUGGACAGCAUGUCAGUGCAUUUUGAAUGAAACCCUAUGAACAGGUGCAGAGUGAUCCAGAUGGCACCGGUCAGUACCUGCAGACCGCAGGAGGGGCCGCUGCACUUCUGUCAGUUAAGAGCUUAUGAGUUAGGGGAGGGCUAUUGAGGUCAGCUGAAGGGGCCAGACUCACUAUUCCCUGCAACACUAUGCUAUUCUUCAAUUCUGGUUACUCAUUCCAUGGGUUUGUGCAUCUACAUUGAUUCAAACAAAUGUUCCUUUGUGACACGGAGGGCAUUAGCAGAUGGGGCACUGACAUGGAAUUUGAAAACACAGACACACACAUAUUCAAUGUAUUGUUAAUACUUUUCAUUUUUGGUUGGUUUUGGAGGCUUGUCCUUGAAUGAUGUCAGAGCCAGCACUAUAACCCCAUAUUUAAAAGGCAUUUCUGACUGCCCCCACUGCCAUUUCAUUAGGUGCACAGGCACAGAUAUUUUAAAUAUAGAUAAUGCAGAUAUAUGAAAACUAAAUUAAAAAACAUUGCAGUGUACUUUUCAUACUUAGGUACUCUUCCAGUAGUUGGUCUAUAGCAAUGUGUCUGAUGUAGCGAUACAAUGAUAAGGACUGGGGAAAUGCACUGAAUGACCAGUCUUUGACUAUAUAUUAUUAACUUGUGGUCACCACCCAAAGCUAUAUAGGGGACAUCAACUGGAUUAGAUAAAGUAAAGGACUUGAGACAUUUUGUGUCACAUUGUUGACCAUGUUAUGACUCAAAUGCAGUCACGCUGUAUGCAAGGCAUGCAUAAAGGGACCAUGUAUAUGUGUGAGUGUGAGUGUGAGUGUGAGUGUGUGUGUGUGUGUGUGUGUGUCUGUGUGCGUACGUCUGUGAGUAUUUGUGUUUCCUGACAGCCAGAUCACAGCAGCAGGGUGGCAGAAGCAUCUGGAACAGCCGGGGGGGGGGUACCUCUCUCUCCUCCCCACAUCGUCCCUAAUGAGGUCCUUACACUCAUUAUUCUUGCUUUAAUUAGAUGCAGUCUCCCUUGUCUUUGACCGAGUUGGAGUCAGCUCUAGUUUACCUUUACCAAGCAUUAGCAAAGGGAUGAAAUACAACAGCUGGAGGCGCCUUAAGCCAUGACAGUUAGGCAUUUGAACUGCUGGACAAACUAAACUCCUUAUCAGAGUCAGCUUUGUAAACCUUUGAAAAGAGAUUUUUGAUGUGUUUUUUUCUUCAAUUAUCUCUUUUACAAGAUCCUGAUAAGAUGUAAAUCUAAGCCAGUAAUCCAAUCAAGUCAAGCUGUGGUGGUGUUAGCAGUGAGCCCCUGAGAAAGAGAUAAUGGCUGUUUGGAUGAUACAGAGAACAGGGAGAGCAGAGAGAGGGAUGUCAGCUGUCAGAACUGCCGUGCAAUUAUGGGAACUGAUUUUCUGACUGUCAUUGUUAACAAAUAAUGGAUCAUCACUACAGCAGACCCUUCUGUUGGCAUUACAGCACUGCUUCAGAUCACUGUCUGAGGAAGUUCAAAUCACAGUUUGUUAUGCAUUUUGUACCACAUUCAAUUUACUAGUCCACACCUAAGGCCAGUCACUGUAUACUUUUAUGAUAAUAUAUAUUACCAGUAUGUAUGGCAGGCUAUUAUUAACAUAUUAUAUACACUGAGCUGAUUACUGUCUUUUAUUAUAGUUACAUUGAUAUUUAAUAAACCAGAAGAGUGAACUUCUUACUAAGCUGUGGACUUGUAUGACAUGCAAUACCCAGUGGUAAAGUUCAAUAAUUGGUCAUUUUGACCAGUUAUUGAUAAAUCACUGAAACUGACUCCAAGCUAAACCUUCAGGAAACAGUGAAUUAGAUCAUUUAUAUUGCUGUAUUUUUGUUAACUUAGCAUUAACACUGGUAUAAUAGCACAUCUCAUAACUUUGUGUCAUGACACUGAAGUAUGUUUUAAAUCCUGUGUGGAAAUCCCUGGGUGUGGUGAGACUGUGCAGAAGCAUACACUCAUGUAAGGACUCCCCUGAGCAAGUGUUGCCAACUCUCCCAUUUUGUCACCAGAUCUCGAUAUUUUUCCAGCAAUGUUUACUCACAGAACUCACAUUUUACUUUUUUCUUCACAAGGCAUUAUAUCUAAAAUUCAUUUAAUGUGUUUACAAUAACAGGGUGCCCCAAAAUCAAGGAAAGAUGUGAACAAUAUUCUAAUUGUGCUCCUGGAUAAACCCCUCAGCUCUCCCCCGAGAGACUUCUGAAUGUGAAACUGGCUUUCAGAGGGCAUGGUGACUGUUGUAGUUGGAAACACUGCCCUGGACCAUGGCCUGUGACUCACUCUCUCUCACUCACUCUCCCUUUGCUAUAUGUACACUGCCACAGAAACACGCAACUUGCUAUCUACUUUAUUUUUCUUCUUUGCAGAUUAUUUUGUUAUUUGGUUUUUGGCUUCUUUGUUUUGUUUUCUGAACCUGUCAAGAUGUAGAUCAUGAAAUCUGAGCAAUA